CUCUCAUCAAAACGUCUAGUUGGAGGCGAACUAAUUAAGAGCUAGCUAGCUAGCGCCAAAGAUAACCCCAAAAAAAAGAGAAGAAAACCAAAACAAACCAAAAAUGGAUCUUCUUCAUGAUGCGACCAACAAGCCAAGUGUUCAUCAUCUCCAAACUCCAUUGAUGGGUACUAUCGCCACAGAUGGCGGUAGGGCGAAGUUCAGCAAGAGCGAGGUCGUGGAAGAAGUGAAGCAGCAGCUACGCCUCGCCGGCCCACUCGUCUCCGUCAACUUCUUGACGUACCUUCUCCAGUUGAUCUCCCUCAUGUUCGUCGGCCAUCUCGGGGAGCUACCCCUCGCCGGCGCUUCCAUGGCCACUUCUUUCACGUCCGUCACCGCCUGGUCCCUUUUGAGAGGGUUGGGAGGUGGGUUGGAGACACUAUGCGGGCAAUCGUACGGAGCCGGGGAGUACCACGCGCUCGGGACCCACCUACAACGAGCCACGAUCGUCCUGGUCCUCGCCGCCAUCCCGCUCUCCUUCGUUUCGGCUCACGCCGAAACGAUCCUCCUGUGCCUCGGCCAGGAUCGGGAGAUCUCGGCCGAAGCGGGGAGGUACGCGCGGUUCGAGAUCGCGAGCGUAUUCGGGCUCGCGAUCCUCGAGCCGCACUACAGGUUCCUGCAGUCGCAGAACAACGUGGCCCCGUACACGGUCGCGACGUGGGCCGCCGCGCUCUUCCACGUGCCGCUCUGCUGGGCCCUGGUUUACUGGGCCGGGCUCGGGAGUCCGGGUGCCGCUUUGGCGAACGGGAUCUCGUGCUGGAUCAGCGCCGUGGCGAUGUUUGUGUACGUUAGGGUUUCGCCGACUUGCAAGCGGACUUGGACCGGUUGGUCUAUAGAGGCGUUGCGUGGGAUUCCGGGGUUCGUUAGGCUGGCCGUUCCUUCUGCUAUCAUGGUCAGCUUGGAGGAAUGGUCGUACGAGAUGGUGGUGCUAUUGGGAGGCUUGCUUCCAAAUCCAAAGCUCGAAACGUCUGUCUUGUCCAUAAGCUUAGAUACAUACACACUGAUUUUUAUGAUACCACUCGGGCUUGGUGAUGCUGUGAGCACUAGGGUUUCGAAUGAACUUGGUGCCGGGCGGCCAAGGUCGGCACUUCUAGCCAUCCUUGUCGCAAUGGUCGUCGCCGUGGCGGAGGCAGGCCUGGCCGGAAUGGUCCUGGUAUUCGGCCGGAAUGUCUGGGGUCCACUGUACAGCAAGGAAGAGAGAGUGGUGAAAUACAUCGGAGAGAUGAUGGUGCUGAUUGCGGCUUUCCAUGUGUUUGAUGCCAUCAAUGGCGUUCUUGCAGGCAUUUGUAGGGGAUGUGGAAGGCAAAAGCUUGGAGCUCUUGUCAACUUGGGUGCUUUCUAUCUACUAGGAAUUCCUUGCUCCAUAGUGCUAGCUUUUGUCUACCAUGUGGGAGGAAAGGGUCUUUGGAUAGGAAUUCAAAUAGCAAUGGUUUCUCAAGUAUUGUUCCUCACAAUAAUGAUCACGAGAACGAAUUGGGAGAAAGAGGCACAAAAAGCUAAAAGUAGAGUGUAUGGUAUGGAUUAGGUUGGUUCGGGUGCAUGAGAGUGCUCGAGGUGUUGAUCGACUGUUCGUCAAAAGCUCUCAGGGGAGGUGGGAAAUUGGAGCUUCGUUUUCCGCAUAGAGUUCACGGGAUUGCUUUCGAACCCGAGCCAAACUGGAGCUUCGAGUCUCUGUGGUCGGAGCUCGAUUCGCUCGAGGAGAAGCUUAGUUCGUCGGCCAAUUUUCCGGCACCUUUUGCUAAAAAUCAAUCUCGGGGAUGUCCGCAUGGGGAAAAAGCGAAGAGGCUUCCAGCGGCAUUCUCCAUGAGAGUAUCUGACGAGGAGCUGGAAGUUUCUGACGGCGAGGAGGAUGAUAGUCGAGGUUUAGUAGCGGCGAAGCGAAUCAAUUUUGACGAUGCUAAUGCAGGGUAAUGUGCAUGUUGUGGGUUAUGUUAAAGUUUUGAACUUGACGAAUUUUAGUAGUUGAGCUAAGGUUCUAUGAUAUAUGUAUCGGUAUCAGUCAUAAUGUUGCGUAUGGUUUCGAAGAUGUGUCUCAGAGAGAAUGAGGAUUCUGGUCAAGAGUUUGGCGCUCUUGAUGUUCAACCCUACUUAAUGGAUGAAGUUGGGUUGGUGGAAGCUGCAUUGUUUGAGCUGUUUGAUCAACAUCAACUUGAACUGAAGGUGGAGAUUAGAAGACAAAUAUCAGCAUUGGAGAUGGAGUUGAUGAGAAAAUAUCAAAAGGAUGCUUCAGCAUUUGCUCGUAUUGACAAGUAUAGUGAAGCGAGAAGGGACACAGACUGGAAACUCGACACCUUGUACCAGCGUAACAUUGCUGAAGCACUAGAUGAUCACUUGACUUCUAUCCAGCGGGAUCAUGAAAUUAAGUCCCAGAUGGAAGAAAGAAGAAUAAGGAUUGAUCUAGAAGAGGCAAAGAGAAAGGAAAAGGCUGUUCAAGAAGAGAGACUACGUCAAGAAAGAGCCAGAGAAGAAGCGCAUGCUAAACGUAGAGCUGAGGAAGCUAGAAUAGCUGCAUUGGAAGCAGAGAAAAAAGAAAAGGAGGAAGCAGGUGAUAUAGUGAGAGCUUCUGCUUCAGCUCUUUCUCUGGAACAAGCAAGGCUACAGAAGCUUAGAGAGCUAGAAAACCAAAAUCAGUCUCUCAUGUCAAUGUCCAAUAUGGUAUGCUGUUGAUUGUGUUGCGUCAAUGUCCAAAUAGAUUUGGCUCAUCAGGAGUCGGUCUUGUUUGGCAUUUGGAUUCUGAGUUUCACUUUGUUCCUCUGUUGCUAUUGGAUCUUAUCUCAAGCAGUCCAUAUGACUAGUUUCCUGUUUCAUUCUGUUUAGAACCUUGACAAGCAUACACCGCCAAUUGGUAGACUGAUAAGACAGAUAAGGGGGAUAGAAGAAAAUGUACGCACAAAAGCAAGUGAACUUCUAAAGAUUUUCAAGAAUCCUGAAUGCCCCGAGUCCAUCACCGUUGCAGCAUUUGCAAAGAAGGUUGUUGAGCAUUGUGAAAACCCUGACAAUGCCGCUUUUGCAUCUGCUCAAGUAAUAGUCCUCAUCAGUUCACAGGUCCCAUAUGCAAUGGAUCUGAUUUUGGCCGAUUUCCAUAAAGCUUGCAUAUACACUGUCCCGAAGCAUAUAGCUUACUCAAAGGCUGCAUUCAGCUCUAAAGAGGCUUAUUACAAAGAACAGCUCGGGUUUAAGGAAGAUGGCGGGCAACUUGAGAGUGUCAAAGAUUACUUAAGACGUAUGGAAGCUUACAUGAGAUUGUACGGAGCUCUGGUUCAGACAGAAACAGUACGUGGUAUUGAGAACUCUCACGGCCCAGCAGCAGGCUGGUUGUGGCUUGCCAGAUUCCUAAACGCUCUCCCAGCAAAUGCAUUCACUGCAGUGGCACUGAAUGCUUUCCUCCAACCUGCAGGGUUUGUUCUGUAUCGAAAGUACAAGUCCCAAUUCAGGAAGUUGCUGCACAUGGUCUCGAGUCACUUUCUCAACGCGCUGAAAACCCGUGAUGAUCCUGACCUGAGGCUCAUAAUCAUGGAGAUCGAAUCGUACAUUCAAGACAGGAGAUACCUACAAGAGCCAGAAGGGAGGAGGAUGGAAGGGAAGCCUUUGCUCUCCAGCCAAAUCGCUUCUGAACAGGAUUACAAUGGGUACAAUUACUACUACUCGCGAUGAAUAUCAGAAUCUGUCAUCGUCUUCAAGGUGGAGAAGAAACCUCAUUUGUGAUCUCAUGGAUUGAUGUGCUCUCCUUGUUUAAGGAGCUUGGUUUCACAAGUUUUUCUCUACAUAUUGGAUGCCAGGCUCAAUGCCGGUUUAUUGUGUAUAUAUAUGAUAGGUCAUUGACCAUUCUUGACAAUCUAGUGACAAUUUCAGAAGCUUUGCUAUAGUAAUGUAGACAACCAUCUAAUCAAAGUGUAAAGUCUCAAAGGUUCAAUCUUGAAUUAUCAAAUAAUGCUAG